AUGUUCGUGAGCAACCGGCUCCUAGUCUCCGCCGCCCAGGAUACGAGCUUCUACGCCAUUGUCCGCCCGCAAGACCGUAUCCGAGUCAGGCAGUGGAUCGAUGCGGCGAAACUCUGGGCUCCCGUGGUAUACGAUGAAGAACGGACGGGCGGACAUGGGUAUCUCAUAUUUGAUGUGAUGAAGAUCCCAGACCUGCCACCACCAAACCACGCCGAACCACAGGGUACGGAAGAAUCAGUCCGCGUCGAGGGACAAGAGUUCAUUCGCGUCGAGGGCAUCUUCACAGCUUCGUCUGACGGGAUCGCAGCGAUCAUCGCCCCCGUAUCAGAAGAAGAAUGA